GAGAUUCUUUUUUUCGGAUCCAUCAAUCUGAGAAAAUUAAGAGCAAAAGAAGAUGGGUUUUUGAGUCUUGAUGGGGCCAAAUCACCCCUUCCUUGUUGAUUAAUUUAAAGAAGCUUUGGUGUUUUGGGUUGUAGAGGAUGAUUGAUUGCAUUGUUUUUACAAAAAUCUUUUUUUGACCAGUUUCCAGAUCUUGUAAGGGGAUUCGAAGAUUGAACAUGAUUGUAUCAGUGGGUCUGUCAAUGAAACUCACUUGCGAGAGUUUCUUGAUUCUUCAUGAUGUUUUGGGUGUGUUGAAAGAACUCUGAAUUCUGAAAGAGUUGUGCUUGAACUUGCCAAUGGAUAGUGAUCUGAAAACAGAGAAGAAGAAGCUCGUGGAAUCAGAUAAAGAUGAGAUGAAUGUGGAGAAAGAAGAAGAAGAAGUAGAAGAGUCUAAGUUCUUGUUGCCUUGUAGGAGAGGCGGAUUAUCUAAAAAAACUGGAAAUCCCAAGCUCAAAGUGCAGUGGAAUGAUAGAAAUGGGGAAAAUCUUCUUCAAAUCUUGGAAUUCCAACCUAGCGAUGCAAGCGACUCGGACGAAGAGGGAUCAGAUUCUUGUAUGUGUAGAGUAAUGUAGUUCUUCCCAUCCCAUAGUAAUUACUCCCACUUUAAGUCAUUCUUUGACUCUCUAAUCCCACCACGAAUGACAGUAAUGGCAGAUUCUCAUGAGUGAUAUACACCAUUUACGCUAACUUGGCUUACCCAGU